CCCAUUCCAUACCUUUUGGUACGACUGAACGUAAUACGUUAUCUGUAUACUUCUAGUAUUUGUAUUCCAAAAUUUAAGCUGCACAUUCCAUGUUAUGCGUGUGCGGUUGUCUACUUGUCAGUUAAAGUCAAAAUACUGUAUUAUAAUACUCCUUGGCUCCCAAAGAGAAGAGUUAUCGUGUGGCGUGUAGGCCCUAUUAUUGGAUGUUUUGCUGGCAUAAAGACAAAUCUCUAUGGACUACAGUGUAUAGCACAUAUUUUAAAAUAUGUUCAUCAAGAUAAAAUAUGCAGAUGAUAAGGAGCUACUUGCAAAUCCAGAUUGCAGAAUAGGAAGCCUCCUUGAUUAUGUUAAAGCAACAAUGGCUGAAUCUGAGUUAUUUGACACUGAAUUACAUAAUGAGAUUGACCUCUGUGAUGACUACGGCAGGUUACUGAAUGUAAAUGAUGUGGAGCCAUGUAAGAAUGGCUUGGAACUACGACUAUUUCAGCCUCGAGCUACAUACUUUGUUUUUCUUAUCAGUCGUGAUGAAGAUGGCAAGAUUGCAAGCAUAGUCCCAACUGUAACUGAUAUGGGGAGAACAGUUGGUGAAGUUGCUAACAGACUCCGACAGCAGAUAACAAAAUCUAAAAUUAAGGUGCAUGAUUUUGGCCUGAUUGGUGACAUCUUAUUUUUAGUGUUCAAGAACAUGUACAUAAAUUUACUGUUCAAACUCACAAGAUUUAAUAUGAUUAAAUUUUCUACAGUUAAUUUGAAAACCAAGAGUGAUAGAUGCAAGCAGUCUCUUGGGGGUUAAUAAUCUUUAUACUGUACUGAAACAGGAAAUGAAAAUAAGACUCCUUGCUGUUUACACCAUUUACAUUGCUAUUCAUGUACUUCCUGAUAAUGAAAAAUGGUUAAUAAUGUAUCUUAUUAAGAUUCGCAAAAUCUAUAAGUAAUUCUGGAAUCAUUCACUAAAUAUUAUUUUACACCCAUAUAAUGACUGAAAAGGCCUCUAGUUACCAGGUAGCAGUGGAUGGAAUGACAGAUGUUAUAUUUCACUGGUCUUCCUGUAUGUGACAAAAAUAGGGAAAGAUAAUAGAAAACAGGACUUUACAAGGAUAUAUAGAAAUAGACUAUCUGAUUAAAAGUAUCCCAGGACCCCUUUGUAAUGUGGAACCGAACACUAGAUGUCAUGAGAGGCAGACCUGCCAACAUAAAACAAAUGUGUUGUCAGAAGAGAAGCAGUAACAGCAGAAUGGGAAGAUCAGUAGAGCUCAGUGAGAUUGAACAUGUACUAGUCUUUGGAUGUUGCCUGAGCAACAGGAACAUUUCAACCCUUCUAAAGCUGCCCAAGUCAAAUGUUGGUGAUGCAAUUAUGAAGUUGAAAUGCAAAUAAACAAGCUGAGACAAGACUAGCCAGACCUCAUGUACUGACGGACAAGGACUGUUGAUCAUUUUGGAGGUCAGUUGUAAUAUCUCAUGAAAUAAGUGGAAUCAGUCACGCAUGAGUUCCAAAGUGCUACCAGCAGUCCAGAUAACACAACACCUGCGUGCAAGGAAUUAAAAGAGUGGCAUACAGUGGUCAACCAACUGCUCAUAAGCCAACAUUUCUGUAGUCAAUGCUAAGCAACACUUAACAUGGUGUAAAGAGCAAUGCCUCUGGACAGUGCAUGACUGAUACUGAGCGAAGAAUCACACCAUACCCUGUGCCAAUCCAAUGGCAGCAUUUGUGUUUGUCGAAAACCUGGAGAACAUUACCUGCCAUCAUGUGUAGUGGCAACAGUAACAUACAGAGGAGACGGUGUUACGGUAUUGGGGUGUUUUCCAUGGUUAGAAUGUGAUCUCCUUAUUGCACUUAAGAAAAUGAUAAAUGCAGAAGGAUACAAAUACAUUUUAUGAUAUUGUGUAGUGCAUACUAUACAGGAACAAUUUGGAGACAAUGACUGAUUGUAUCAGCAUGACAUUGCACGCUCUCACAUAAUAGCAUCUGCAAAGCAAUGGUUUGUGUACAAUAACAUUCCUAAAAUGGACUGGCCUCCCCAGAGGGCACACCUGAACCCAAUGGAAGAUCUUUGGGUUGAGUUAAAUCAACUUCGCUCCAGAUAGCAGCACCCAACAUCACUACCUUCUCUGGUUUUUGCUCUUGAGGAAGCUUGGACUGUCAUUCCUUCACAAACAUUCAGGCACCUUAUUAAAAGUGUCCCCAACAGAGUUCAAGUAAUUAUAAUGAUGAAAGAGGGGCACACUAACCAUUAGUAUCUACUAAUAGGUGUCCAGAUACUUUUGAUCAAACAAUGUAUGUUCAGAGUGGACUAUUCAUGUCUCUCAUCAGACAUAAAACUGUAAAUUGGGAAGCCCUAUAAAUUCAAAAUGAAAUAAAAAAUGUAUUCUAUUAACCAUCAGUAUACAAAUUAUUGGAUUAUCUAAUUAUUUGUUGCUUGGCAAGUAGCAAUGUUCUUUGUAAACAAAAUUCCCCCCCCCCCCCCAAUAUUCUUAUGCUAUGUACGAGGGCUGCUAUAUAUAUUUCUGGCCUAAUAAUGAAAAUACGAAUAUUUAUCAACAAAAAUGGUUUAUUGUUUUUCAAAAUAUUCUCCAUCAAGAUUUAUACACUUUUGUAUGCGCUCAAACCAAUUUUUGAAGCACUUUUUCCACUCCGAUUGAGACACCUCCAAAACAUGGUUUUUGAAUGAUGCAACGGCAUCUUCUGGCGACGAAAAUCGUUGACCACGCAUUUUUUUCUUGAUGUGUGGGAAUAAAAAGAAGUCAUUGGGUGCCAAGUCAGGGCUGUACGGCGGAUGACCCAUCACUUCGACGUUUUGGCCGGUCAAAAAGUCGCUGGUUUGAGCCGAUGUGUGACAGCUCGCAUUGUCAUGGUGCACAAUGAUUCGUCUUCUCUUGUUCAUUUUUCGAAUUUCUAGGAAGACUUCAGGCAAACAAAUGGUGGUGUACCACUCAGAAUUGACCGUCCUACGUUGCUCAAGCGGAACAGUCGCCACAUGACCAGUUUUGCCGAAGAAACAGGCGACCAUUUGUUUCGAAGUGCUUCUUCCACGAACAACUUUCGUUGGAUUUGGCUCGUCUUGGAAGACCCACACGGUCGAUUGCUGUUUUGUUUCGGGCUCAUACGCAUAGAUCCAUGAUUCGUCACCUGUGACGAUCUUAUAAACGUCUUUUGAAGCACUGCGAUCGUAUUUUUUCAGCAUUUCUUUACACCAAUCCACACGAGCUUUCUUUUGAGCGAUUGUCAAAUUGUGCGGGAUCCAACGAGAACAAACCUUUUUUACGGCCAGGUGUUCAUGCAAUAUCGAAUGUAUGCUGGUGGGAGAAAUGCCUAGGCAUGCCUCUAUCUCACGGUAUGUCACAUGACGGUCUUGCAUUAUCAGUUCACGUACGGCAUCGAUGUUUUCUGGCACAACGGCUGUUUUUGGACGACCUUCACGGAAUUCGUCUUUGAGCGAGCGUCGGCCACGAUUGAAUUCGUUGUACCAGUUUUUCACAGUGCUAUAGGAUGGUGCUUCGUCGCCAUACAAAGAUUUAAGUUCAUCGAUGCACUCUUGUCGUGAUAAUCCACGUCGAAAGUUGUGAAAAAUGAUCGCACGAAAAUGUUCACGAGUUAAUUCCAUUUUUGUGCCAAAUUGAUUUCUUCAAGUCCCUGUAAAAGAAAAAAAAAUUGUCGUAAGUCAAAAAGUUCUGAGUACAUUUAUGCUAAAAAAUGUCAAACUUUCCAAUGGAAAUGUCAGAUUGCACCUGGCAACACUUAGUGUUGCCUAGGCCAGAAAUAUAUAUAGCAGCCCUCGUAGGUAAUUGUUGUUCUGCAAUAAAUAUUAAUCUGGUUGAAUAGUUAAGCAACUUGUAGUAAACUGCAGUUAUUUAAUAUCAUUGUCAAAGUAGCAGGUUUUUAAACAAUGUAGCAAGUUACUGCUGAUUUUACUGUGUUAAAUUUGGUCAGAAUAAGGAUAAACAAUUUCUUUAUUUGUCUGUGUUCCGUAGAGACAUAUGUAGAUUCACUCACCCUGUAUGUGAAAAAUGACAAAAUCACUAUUAUGUAUAUUUACAUUUAUAUUCAAUUACAAUUUACAUUCAACAAACAAAUAUACAGUUUUUAAUGAAAUUUA